AUGGGGACUCAGAAGGAAGAUGUGGAAAAGUUUCUCAAUGAGAAUCCAGCAUUUGCUAAACAGUACUUUGACAAGAAGAUGAGCUCGACCUCAAUAUCCAAGGCGUCUGGACUUGCAGAGAAAGAGAUUGACUUCAAUCAAUUCCAGGAACUCAGUCAGUUCGAGGAAAGCCAGAUCAUAUAUGACCUGAUCAAAGACAUGCAGGAGAACAUCAACAUGGAAAAGGUGGUCUUCAAAAUCCUGAAGAGAAUCAGCGCACUCAUCCACGCAGAUCGGUGCAGCUUGUUCAUGUACAGACAGCGGAAUGGCAUUGGAGAGCUCGCCACGAGGCUUUUCAACGUCAACACCGAGGCAAAGCUGGACGACUGCGUGGUGCCGCCAGACUCUGAGAUUGUCUAUCCACUAGACAUGGGAAUAGUCGGCCAUGUGGCUCUGACCAAGAAGACUGUUAAUGUGAAAGAUGUCUCAGAGAGCCCACACUUCAGCUCAUUUGUGGAUGAACUCACAGAUUAUAAAACCCGGAACAUUCUUGCGACACCCAUCCUGAAUGGCAAAGACAUGGUGGCUGUGAUCAUGGCUCUGAACAAGACCACGGGACCACAUUUCACUGCCGGGGAUGAAGAUCUCUUUUUAAAGUAUUUAAAAAUUGCUACCUUGAACUUGAAGAUCUACCACCUCAAUUACCUUCACAACUGUGAGACACGAAAAGGACAGCUGCUUUUGUGGUCUGCUAACAAGGUAUUUGAAGAGCUGACAGACAUCGAGCGACAGUUUCACAAAGCCUUGUACACAGUCCGAGCCUACCUCAACUGCGACCGCUACUCUGUGGGUUUACUAGACAUGACAAAAGAGAAGGAGUUUUUUGAUAUCUGGCCAGUGUUGAUGGGUGAGCAGGCACCAUACUCUGGCCCUCUCACUCCUGAUGGAAGGGAAGUCAAUUUCUACAAAGUAAUUGACUAUAUAUUACAUGGAAAGGAAGACAUCAAAGUAAUACCUAAUCCCCCUGCAGAUCACUGGGCCUUGUGUAGCGGUCUGCCUACUUAUGUUGCUGAGAGUGGUUUUAUUUGUAACAUUAUGAAUGCUGCUGCUGAUGAGAUGUUCCAGUUUCAGACGGAGCCACUGGACAGCAGCGGCUGGACCAUAAAAAACGUCCUCUCAUUGCCAAUUGUAAAUAAAAAAGAAGAGAUUGUUGGCGUGGCUACUUUUUACAACAGAAAAGAUGGAAAGCCUUUUGACGAUCAGGAUGAGCAGCUCAUGGAGGCCUUGACUCAGUUCCUUGGAUGGUCUGUUUUGAAUCCGGACACUUAUGACAAGAUGAACAAGCUGGAGAAUCGCAAAGACAUUGCACAAGACAUGGUGCUCUACCAUGUCAAAUGUCGGGAUGAUGAGAUUCAGAAUGUUUUGAACACCAGAGAGGUUUAUGGGUGUGAGCCUGGAGAGUGUGAGGAGGAGGAGCUCCUAGAUAUCCUGAAAAAAGACCUACCUCCACUAACAAAGAAGUUUGAGCUCUAUGAGUUCCACUUUUCAGAUUUUAACUGCACAGAGUUGGAGCUGGUAAAGUGUGGGAUCCAGAUGUACUAUGAGGUCGGGGUGGUCAAGAAGUUCCAGGUCCCCCAGGAGGUGCUGGUUCGCUUCAUGUACUCUGUCAGUAAAGGCUACAGGAAAAUCACCUAUCACAACUGGCGUCAUGGCUUUAAUGUGGGACAGACGAUGUUUACACUCUUAACGACAGGAGUGCUGAAGAGAUAUUACACUGAUUUAGAGGUGAUGGCUAUGAUCACUGCAGGCUUCCUGCAUGAUAUCGACCACAGAGGGACCAACAACUUGUACCAAGUCAAAUCUGGUAACCCUCUGGCCAAGCUUCAUGGCUCGUCCAUCCUGGAACGACACCAUCUAGAGUUUGGGAAGUUCCUCUUAGCUGACGAGUCACUCAACAUCUACCAGAACCUGAACAGGCGACAAGUAGACCAUGUGAUUCACCUCAUGGACAUCGCCAUCAUCGCUACAGACCUGGCUCUUUACUUCAAGAAGAGAACCAUGUUCCAGAAGAUUGUGGACCUUUCACACACGUAUGAGGAUGAGAAGAAGUGGGUUGACUUCAUGUCUCUAGAAACAACUAGGAAAGAAAUUGUCAUGGCCAUGAUGAUGACGGCAUGUGACCUGUCAGCUAUCACCAAGCCUUGGGAAGUACAGAGCAAGGUUGCUUUGUCUGUGGCAGCAGAGUUUUGGGAGCAGGGUGAUCUAGAGAGGACAGUCCUGGAACAACAACCUAUCCCUAUGAUGGACAGAAACAAGGCAGCAGAGCUUCCAAAGCUUCAGUGUGGUUUUAUUGACUUUGUCUGCACGUUUGUCUACAAGGAGUUCUCCCGCUUUCACCCACAAAUCCAGCCCAUGCUGGACGGCAUCCUAAACAACAGGAAGGAGUGGAAUGCUAAAAAAGAGGAGUAUGAGGCCAAACUCAAGGCCAUAGAGGAAGAGAAGGCUGCUAAAGAGGCAGUCAAAGGUCCUUCAAAUAAUCAUGGUGGUGGAGGCUCAGGUUCAAAGACCUGCUCAGUGUGCUAAAUAAUCACCAAGGUUGGAACAAUUGGAGGACAUCUCAAGACUGGCUGACUUCAGGACUACCUGAACAACACAGCCAGCCUGUCAGUUGGCAGGAAAAAUGUUAUAAAGACGUGAUCAA